CCUCUGCGCCUCAGACACAGUGGGCUCAUCUGUGGAGUCAAACUGGAGGACUACUGAAACUGAAUGUGGACUUUUUACUCUUUUGUCGGGAUAUUUACAUUUACAGGUGCAGCAGUUUGGUUUUCUACAGCUGUUGACGCACGGUGAAGAUAAACGUAGGUGGGUUUCAUUAAUGGUCCGGGACAAAGUCUAGCCUCCCCCUUGUCCGUGCAGCUGAAUCCCCAUCCCCGUGCACAAUGAGCGUGUGUGGCUGCAGCGCCUCAUACCUGCGGAGGUGGCUCCUGAUGGCUCUGUUGUUCUUGGCUGCCGCGCGGCCGUCGAGCGGUGACUGCCCCAAAUCAUGCGCCUGCUACGUUCCCACUGAAGUGCACUGCACCUUCAGAUACCUGACCGCAAUACCUGACCACAUCCAACCAGCUGUAGAAAGAAUUAACCUCGGGUACAACAGUAUAACUGUCUUGAGAGAAAGUGAUCUUUCAGGACUUGAAAACUUGGAGUUGUUGAUGCUGCAUAGCAACACUAUCCACAGUAUUGAGGACAGAACCUUCCAAGACCUCAAGUCCUUACAGGUCCUGAAGAUGUCCUUUAAUAAAGUAAAGGAAAUCAAGAAAGAGACGUUCAAAGGCCUGGAGAGUCUCCUGAGACUCCACAUGGAUCACAACCACAUUGAGUUCAUCAGUCCAGAGGCUUUCUAUGGCCUCACCAAGCUACAGUUGGUCCAUCUGGAGGGUAACCACCUCCAGCAGCUCCACCCAGACACAUUCAUCACACUGAGACACAGCCAGGUGUUCAAGGUGUCCUCAGUGAGGAACAUCCACCUGUCAGACAAUCUCCUCACCACUCUGCCCGCAGAUAUUUUCUUGGGUUGCAGCCAGUUAGAGAACCUCUUCCUUCAUGGCAACCCAUGGAUUUGUGAUUGCCGUAUGAAGUGGUUUGCAGUGUGGACACAGAGGAACACAGGUGUGCUGAAAUGCAAGCGAGACAGGAGAUAUCCGAGAGGCCAGCUGUGUCCUGUUUGUGCAGAUCCUGCCUCUUACCACAACAGACCUCUAUCCCUUCUCUCCAGUGACACCUUCACUUGUGCCAAACCCUGGAUCGAACCCCAUCUAAAGUUGAAGAACAUCACUGUGGAUGAGGGAGACUUUACUCCAGUAUCCCCCAAGGACUUCAUUGCCCCAUUAGGGUCCAUGCAAUUGAACCUGACUGACCAGUAUCACAACGAUGCCAGUCUAUCCUGCACUGUCCAGAGGCCCUCUGCUUUCGAGAACUUGACACAAUCCUUGGAAGUGGAGGAGGCAAACAAUGUCACUGUGAUUACCACUGUCAUAACAACAUAUUUGGUGUGUAACAUUGACUAUGAACACAUACAGCAGCUGUGGCAGAUCCUGGCCACCUACAGUGACUCUCCCAUGACACUGGAGAGAGGCUUUAUGCUGGCAAGAAUCCCAGAAAUGAUAUUCAGAUAUAGUCAGAUGAAAACAAAGGAGGGAGAGGAAGGAAUUCACACAAACAUUGUAGCUGACAUUAAAGCCUCCCCUGCAUGGUUGAUGCAGGGGGAGAUAAGCUUUCAGCUUGACCGCACUACUACCACUUUCUCUACUCUGCACAUUAAGUACCAGUCUGCAGUCAACCUACGUGUGGAAAACACAGUACCCAAAAGGGACCGCUACUCCUGGACCAUGAUCAAGCGAGAUAACCAAACCAAGACUGAGCACGCUGUAGUCACAGGUGGUGUGGUGCAAUUAAACUGUCAAAUCCGGGGUGAACCAAAGCCUUUGUUGGAGUGGAUUUUACCAGAUGGAAGUAAGGUCAGAGCUCCAUACUCCAGUGAGGACAGGAGGAUCAUAAUCACUGCUGAAGGGAAGCUUACUGUACGAGGUGCAGAUGCCUCAGACACUGGCCUCUACCGGUGCAUCACCACAAACUACCUGGAUGCAGACAUCCUCAUCUUUCGAGUGACAGUUCUGUCCCCUGAUGUGGAAGAAGCUGAGGUCAACGGUGUCCAACUCUCAAGGCCACUGGGUGGAAAUUUGGUUUUGGACUGUAGCUCUUCAGGAAGUCCUGAGGCCUCGGCACAGUGGGCACUCCCUGACCAUUCAGUUCUGGAUAAGUCUCAGGGAAACAGGAAGGUGUUUGAGAAUGGAACCUUGCUGAUUCAGGGUCUCACAGAAAGGGACAGAGGAUUUUAUAGAUGUUUGGUUUCUAAUCACAUGGGAGUUGAUCUUCUUGUUUCUCAGGUAACAGUGACUGGAGAAAUGUCUGAAAAGAUGACUGUUUUGGACAAUGAGGGAUCAGGGGUAAAAAUGGAGGACAAGGUUGACCCUAGUUUGACUGAAAACACAGUCACACUCAACGAGAUCCCCUCUUCCAGCCCCUUUGACAAAACUAGUCAGGAAUCCAGGACCAUCACAUCAGAUCGACCUUACCCCAGACUCAGGUCAAGAGGCAGGGGAGGUGCUGGAGGUAGGCUGGGACAGAGAAGGAGGGGGCCAGUAAGCAACAGACGCAUCUGGGGUAGUAGGGUGUUUGAUAAAGCUUCCAGGAAAGUGGAUCCACAGAAAUUUGCUGAAUAUUUGAAAAAGGCUCAAGAUGGAUCAAGAAUAAAGACUGGCACAAACAAGGGGGAAAAAUAUGAAGACUCAAACACUGGUGUUUCUGGUGAUGGUGAAAUUGGCUCUGGUAAUGACCAUGGUGAAGAUCAUCUCAUCAUUGUGCCAAGUACAGUCAAACCAACUACAGAUGAUCUACAGAAACACAGAAUAUUUGGACAAGAGAACGAGGAGCCUGAAGCUGUAACAGACACACAGGCAGGUCAGGGUAGUUUGAUUGAUUUUAGUCAGGUGACAGAAAAUACAAACACACCAACAAAAGAGUUGUAUAUGCAGUCAGAUUCUACACCAAUUAGGUCGACAUUUAUACACCAUCCAACAGAAUGGGAUGAGAGUCAAAGUGAUGCAGUUACACCUUAUAAUAAAAUUUCAUACAACGCAGACCUUUCUAGUUUUGAUGAGACCAGUGAUUCUUAUACCCUGGAAAGAACUACCAAGCCAGAUUCAAACAGGCGCCCAGUCACUCUCCAACUUACUGUGACAGACAGGUCACAAGAAACUCAGCUCCAGUUCUCAGGAGAACAACCUGCAGAGCCAGAGACAUCCACUGGAGCAGCGCUAUCAUUUACCACAGACCCUCAUGUCACUCCCAUGAGGGAUGGCCCAGGCCCAGUGGAGCUAGUCGUUCACACCUCCACAGAUCCAGAAAGCCAGACAACAUUCACAGCAGUCACAACCACAGAGAGGCAGCAAGAUGAGAUAACCUUCCACACUACCCAGACAAUCAAAUCCCCUCGCCUACCAGCAGGAUCCACCAUUAUCUCCCAGCAACAAAUACAUAUCAUCCCACGCAAGAACGGCAGAGGAGGGGGGCGCAGGAGGACCUUCCAAGGCCGCAGGAGGAUUGUUAAACCCAACAGGAUCACUGACAUACAGUCCUUCAUCAAUAAACUUAAACAGCCCUCUUUGAAGAAGGAAGGGAAUGCCACUGUGCCUUACAGAAUUGAGCUGACCACAGACUGUGACUGUGAUGAAGACAAAAAGAAGGCAGCAACUAGUCAUCUGCAGGUGGUCAAACCAACAGCUCCCUCCAGCUCAUCUUUGCACAUAACAGAGAGACCUGCCUCUUAUCAAAAAACUGCAGCUUCUAGUUCAAAAGCCCCCUCCACCCAUACCGAGUCGAGGUCAGAGGCUUUCAGUAACUACAUAACCUCUGCUGAUGCUCCUGAGUUUGACCCUACAAUAGAUCCAUUUUUGAUAGACAAAAAAACAUCAGCCUCCACCACAACCACUACAACAACAGCCUCUAAGGUCAUCCGUGGAAAAAUUCCAUGGAACAGGCUGUUUGGAGGCAGAGAGAGAGAAGAUAUACUGAGCAGGCUAAGGAAGCCACCCAAAAAAACCUCGACUACAGCUGAAACUACAUCAGCAACCCCAACCACAACCCCUGCUGCAAUGCCCACCACCACCGCAAACUCACUUUCUGAACCUGAGACUCUGUCCCCAUCCAGACACACACAGAGCAAAGAGGGCUCAUUAGAUGAUGACUAUGGAGAAUCUUCCUCUGUAGAUUUUAAGUCCACAACACUGGGACCCAGCUUUCACUAUCAGAGUACUACCAGCCCAUCCUAUUACUCCAAGGCUGCAACCACUGUGGAAACACCACCAGAAUCACAGACUCUACCCUCCCCACCUACUGUCAGACCACCUUCAUAUGAAAAACCUGAUGACACCUUAUCAUCUGGGUCUGGGGGACUACCUGAUAAUUGGUUUGUGGUCAGACAGAGGCCUGGUGGGACUAGAGGACGGCAAGGGCGAAGAAGAAGGCCAUUAAGGGGUAGGAGACCUUUCAAGAAACCUGCAAUCACCAAAUUGCACCCUAUUACCACAGCUGAGGCUUUAACUACAACUAUGGAAGCUACAGUGGAGACUACUACACUACCACAAUGGACUGUUUCACCCUACAAGCCCCUUUACAUACCAUCUAGGAAAGAGGACGGAACUCCAGUAGUUGUUUCCACUGACCAUACGUCAAAGGAAGAGACUGACUUAUAUGAGGAAUCUGACUGGAGCACAUCUAGCAAUUCACCAGCCUAUACUACAACCAAAACUCCUUUAAUCCCUUCCACCACACUGGCCCCCACCACUACAUUCAUGCCAAUUACCACAAAAGUGCCCUACACAACAACUCGGACCAAAGUCCACAGCAAUAUCAGACCACCAACACAGCGGAACAGUGGUUACGCCACUCGCAGGCCGCCAAUGAGGAGAAUCAGACCUACUGUGCAGAGCAGUGUUGCCAGAGACAUUGGAAACAAAGGCCUUGACAUACUGGUCAUACUUAUAGGUGAGCAGGGAAACAUUAACGGCCCUGCCCCAUACAACAACAUAGGCUCACACAAUGCCAUCACUAGUGUUUAUGAUCAUGUCACUGGCAAUGAAGCUGGCUUUGAACCCACUACAGAGGCCAUGACAAGCAAACCUAAGAUAGUUGGGGGCAAUGCUGCCAGCUUCACUGUGUUAUCCAACUCAGACGCGUUCCUGCCAUGUGAGGCUGUUGGAGACCCUCAGCCAAGAAUAACAUGGAAGCGCCUCUCCCCAACCACAGGAAGCAGUGUUACAGUUAUUGGGAGGAUGGGCAAGUUCGAAGUGUUGAGCAACGGCACGCUGUUGAUCCAGAAUGCUAACAUUAAGGACCGUGGCCAGUACGUCUGUCUAGCUGAGAAUGAUCAUGGAUCAGACAAACUCCUCGUCACCCUCUCUGUGGUGGCCUAUCCCUCACGCAUCCUGGAGCCUAAAUUGCGUGAGAUAAAGUCUCAUGCAGGAAAUACUGUAGAAAUGAAAUGUAAAGCAGAGGGUCGGCCCACACCCAUGAUCUCCUGGAUCCUGGCCAACCGAACCCAGGUCAGGGGUCACAACACGGAGAGGGAAAGGGUAUCUGUAUCUGCUGACGGGACUUUGGUCAUUGAGCAGGUGUCUGUUUAUGACAGGGGUCAUUACAAAUGCAUCGCCAGUAAUCCAGCUGGAGCUGAUACUGCAACAGUCCGACUGCAGGUGGUGGCUGCUCCCCCAGAUAUCGUAGAGGACAAACGGCAGCAGGUGAAAGUAGGUGUUAGCCAAAACUUGUGGCUACCCUGCACUGGCCAAGGCAGCCCUCAACCUACUAUUCACUGGGUCCUCCGUGAUGGAUGGAUGGUGCGAGCUGACAGACCUGCCCGUGACACAAGGAUAUCAGUGUAUGGGAAUGGAACCCUACACAUUAAGGAUGUGACUAAAGCUGACAGUGGCAAAUAUGAAUGUAUAGCUACCAGCUCCACUGGCUCAGAGAGAAGGGUGGUGACUCUUACAGUAGAGAAGCAAGAGUCUGCACCUCAAAUAGUGGAGACAUCCCAGCGCAUGACACAGUUGUUCUUCGAGGAUCAGCUAAGACUGAACUGUUCAGCUAUAGGAGACCCCAAACCCAGGAUCAUCUGGAGGCUGCCCUCCAAAGCUGUGGUGGACCAGUGGCACAGGAUGGGCAGCAGAAUUCAGGUCUUGGAUAACGGUACUCUUAUUGUCAGCUCUGUGAGUGAUAAAGAUGCUGGAGACUAUCUCUGUGUGGCACGAAACAGAAUUGGUGAUGAUCUACAAUUCAUGAAGGUCAGUGUGUCAAUGGAGCCUGCCAAGAUAGAGUCCAAACUCUAUGGAAAGAAGCAGGUACCUUUUGGUAAGGACUUUAAAGUUGACUGUAAAGCCUCAGGAAUACCAAAGCCAGAGAUCUCUUGGGGCUUACCGGAUGGUACAGUGGUCAACAGUGCUUUUCAGUCUGAUGCCAGCAGUGGAGGAGGGCGAGCACGGAGGUUUACACUUUUUGACAAUGGAACGCUCUACCUAAACCAGGUUGGUAUGUCAGAGGAAGGGGACUAUACCUGCUAUGCUGAGAACCAGGUGGGCAAGGAUGAGAUGCAUUUACAUAUCACCGUAGUGACCGCUGCCCCUAGGAUACGUACAACUAGCCAGACAUAUGCCAGGGUGAAGCCUGGAGGCAACAUCCGCUUUGACUGUGAAGCACUUGGGGAGCCCAAACCCAAAAUACUGUGGAUGCUGCCCACCAAUGAUGUCAUUGCAGCAUCUAAUGAACGCUACCUAAUGCAUGUCAAUGGCUCCCUGGAUAUCAGGGAUGUGAAGCUUAUCGAUGCUGGAGAGUAUGUUUGUAUGGCUCGAAAUCCUGCUGGGGAAGAUAGAAAAGUCUACAAGCUUGAUAUAGAAGGGAAUCCACCAGUGAUCAAUGGCUACCGGCAGAACAGGACUGUAAUCAAGGAUGUGGCAGCUAAAUACUCUAGGAAAUUAAUAGACUGUAGGGCUGAGGGCGAUCCCACACCGAGUAUCACUUGGAUUAUGCCCGAUAACAUCUUUCUAACAGCACCAUACUUUGGUAGCAGGAUUAGUGUCCACCAUAAUGGGACAUUAGACAUUCGUAAUGUGCGGCCGACUGAUACAGCUGAGUUUAUCUGCAUGGCGAGGAAUGAUGGAGGAGAGGCCGUAAUGGUGGUGCAGCUGGAGGUGAGCAGUGUCCUCCGAAGACCAAUCUUCAAGAACCCUUUUAACGAACGUAUUGUGUCUGGAAUUGGAAAAACCACAGUUCUGAACUGUUCUGCUGAUGGAUACCCAUUGCCAGAAAUCACUUGGACUUUGCCGAAUGGAACACGGAUUACGGGUGGUCACCACCUAGUUAACAAUGGGACUUUAGUCAUCUACAACACUGGCAAAGAAAAUGUUGGAAAGUACCGCUGUGGUGCCAAGAAUUUAAUGGGUUACAUAGAGAAGCUUAUAAUUUUGGAUGUUGGACAGAAGCCUUACAUCCUGACAAGGCCUAGGGGCAUUAUACGUGGUGUGUCUGGAGAGCCUCUUUUCCUUCAUUGUCUAUCUGAUGGGAGUCCCCGACCCAGAAUCUACUGGACCAUUCCUGGUGGCCACACUCUUACUCGCCCUCAAGUUCUUGGACGCUACCAGUUACUAGAGAAUGGUACUUUGGUUGUUCAGGAUACUACUCUCCAUGACCGGGGGAACUACGUCUGCAGGGCUCGGAGCGAUGCUGGGGAGGCUGUGCUUACUGUCCCUGUUAUUAUCAUUGCCUACCCUCCACGGAUCACAACAGGGCCACCUCCUACUGUGAGGUCACUGACCGGAACACCUAUCCAGCUCAACUGUGCUGCCACUGGGAUCCCCAAGCCAGAGAUCACCUGGGAGUUGCCCGAUCGUUCAGUUCUGUCAGCGGCACAACAGGGUCGGCCUAUGGGUAGCGAAUUGCUCCAUCCUCAGGGCACACUUAUCAUUCAAAGGCCCAAAGCCUCAGACUCUGGCAUAUACAAGUGCCUGGCAAAGAACCACCUGGGUACAGACUCAAAGAUCACAUAUGUACAUAUAUUGUGAGAAAAAAGACAAGACUGAGGGAGGGCAGUGGCAGAUCCGAAUGUAAACAUUAACAGACACAGUCACUUGUGUCUGCAAGGUACAGUGCAUGUUUUCUCACAUGUGGAUUUGUGAGAAUCAGGGCUUGUGGAAUAUUGUUUUUAAAAGUGACAAAAGUGGAUUAAAAAAUAAACAGAGCACAAGGAGAGAAAGGAAACAGACAUUUUAUAGGGAGAAAAACAUGUUUUUUUAAACUAGAAAAGCUAGCCUGGGGCCAGUAGUUGUUAUUGUAACUUUGGGACUGGGGGUCUGGAAAUUCAUAGGUGGUUCUCAUUUGGGGUAGUUCUCACGGGAGCAAGAAGGCCAGUGCAUAGAGGCAAACUUGAAGUGAUUUCUCUGACCAGGCGUUGCUGGCCACACAUAGGGAUACCAUUACAACACAUACAGAGACAGAGAAAAAAAAAAAGUGUAAUAGAUUGAAAGAGUGAAAAUAUGCUCCCAAGAGGCUUUUAACUUCCUUCAGACGCUGGUCAGAAGUUGUUGCUGUCAUGACACAUUGCUUUGUCAAUUUAAAGCAAAUGAAAAAGACAACAAGCAGUGUAUAUAGUAAAAUAUCUUUCAAGAGUAAUUUGUGGAAUUUAACAGGAAGAAAAUAGAUUUUUUUUAAAUAUAUGAGGCUUGUUUUACACUGGAUACAUACCUGCAUGGACGGUACAAUGAACUUCUUUAUUAUGCUUUUUAUAUUUUGAUGACAGUUUAAAGCAGAUUCCUUCAUGUCUAUUCACAGUGCAGUUCAUUGGUCAAAAACCCCAAAAACAAACAAAACACACUAUCAAUCUAUUGUGUUGUACACAAGAAUGUACAGUAAUGUUAUACAUUAUGCUAAUCUGUAAUAAUACAGUAUAUGUAUGUCUAUUUGUAGUAUCUACUUUAUCAAAGUAUGGGAGACAAAAUGAAAUUUAAAA